AUGGCGGAGGAGACGUCUAGAGGCGUUGCCGACGGCCUGGCUCCCUCACAUACAUAUGUGCCCAAUCGAGGAUACUUAGACAACGAUUCAUCCGGCAGCCAGACGAGGCUGAACCUAGGCGACCUUCCACAAGAGAGCUUGACUCUUCACGAAGCGGAAGAUGAAGAAUACUCGUCUUCUUCCCUUGACGACGAUGCGGAAGAUGGGCAACUCUUCGACCCAGAGUACCUGGCCUCAUCGAAUCCAUCAGAUCUCACCAAAUCAUAUAACCGACAGAAACGACUCAACCAAGCCCGUGCAGACCCCAAAGUGCCGGCAUGGCAAUAUCCCAAGUCGAACCCCCAACGAGCGCCUGAACCAGUAUUCGAAGCGAGCCACCAGAAGCUGGCCAAGCUAAAUAUAUCGGAUUACGACCAGUAUCAGAAAUCCGGACGAGGCGAUUCAGGGGACGAGCGCCACAAAGACAAAAGCGACAGGGCCACCACCGAGCAAGUGCUUGACCCCAAGACCAGACGCAUUCUGUUUCAGAUGAUAAACUCGGGAAUCGUGUCAGAGAUCAACGGCACGAUCUCCACCGGCAAAGAAGCGAACGUUUAUCAUGCCCUAUCUAGUUCUGAGGACCUCGACACGCCCGACAAGCAUGUGGCCAUCAAAGUGUACAAGACCAGCAUUCUCGUGUUCAAGGAUCGCGAGAAGUAUGUCACUGGAGAAUUCAGAUUCCGGAAAGGAUUCAACAAGAGCGACAACCGGUCCAUGGUGAAACUGUGGGCGGAGAAAGAGAUGCGGAACCUCAAACGGAUCCACGCCGCUGGUGUUCCGUCUCCCGAACCGCUCUACCUGAAGCGCCAUGUGCUUGCAAUGACUUUCCUCGGUGACUCCAAGGGAAAAGCCGCCCCUCGACUCAAAGACGUUGAAUUCACCGAUGAAGACCCCGUUUCGAGAUGGCGCAGCGUGUACAUCGAGCUAUUGGCAUACAUGCGCAUCUUGUUGCAGCAAUGUAAGCUCGUACAUGCCGACUUGAGCGAGUACAAUAUCCUCUGGCACAGGGACCGGCCGUACAUCAUCGACGUCAGCCAGAGCGUGGAAGCCGAUCAUCCGAGGAGCCUGGAUUUCCUGCGCAUGGACAUCAAGAACGUCAACGACUUCUUCAAGAGACAUGGCAUUUCUGUGCUUUCGGACAAGAAGGUGUUCCAAUUCAUCACGAAACAUGCCGAGGACGCAGAGCUGGAUGUCGACACGUUACGUGUCGAGGUCGAGAAACUGCUCGCCGAGAGAAUAGACGAGGAAGAAGACGAGGUGGAGACCGAGGUGUUCCGGAAGCAGUACAUCCCGCAGACGUUGGAUGAAGUCUACGACGCAGAGCUCGACGCCGAGAAUCUCAAAGUGACCGGACGCAAUGCGCUGGUUUACAAAGACCUUCUUGCACCUUUGAAAGGCGAGAAGCCGGAGCCCACAUCAGACUCGAUCGUCACAAACACUUCAGCAAGCGGACAGGCGCGAGCCUCAGGUCAGGAAGUCGAGGGAGACGGGGGCGUGCCUCUGCCAGACCAUGACUCCGACGCCUCGGAUACGGACUCAGAUGGCGGUGCCAGCGCCGGGUCUGACGGUGAGCACUACGAGGAUUCGAUCGACUCCGGCCCGCCACGCGGCAAGCGGUUCCAGGACAAGGACGAGAAGCGCGACCACAAGCGCAAAGUCAAGGAAGAGAAGCGCGAGAAGCGGGCCACCAAGAUGCCCAAGAGCGUCAAGAAAAAGCUGGUCAAGGAGUCGGGUCGGACCAGGCGGUAA